CCAAAUAGCCAAAAAGUGUUAAAUAAAACAAUAAGAAAAAGGUGCAGCCGUCGCCUUUAAGCGCCACUUGAUGCCAUCGUGACACACAAAGGAGAAUCCAUUGAAAAGACAAUUGGGGGAGGCGAGAAGGACGAACGAGGUAAGCAGGGGGCGGCGGCGAUGACACUGACGCAUCCAAAGACGUUGCCACCCAGAUGACGGGCAGGGCAACAGCAGGAGGAGCCGAAGAUUCACCACCACCACCAGAGCCCCGAGGACAAAACAAACCGAUCAACGUGUCAACGCGUCGAGUAGAAUGCAAAUAGGCGCUAGGAACAGCAGCAAAAGCAGCAACAACCGCCUCCAACCACCAGAGCCUGAGCCUCAGCCUGAGCCGCCCACUGCGCCAACGAGGGAGCCACCCAGCAUCCAACUAGGCCAACAUGGCGGAUGCGGACGAUAGCAAGAGUGGCAGUGGUGGCAGUGGAAGUGGCGCCGAGUCCCUACAGCUGCUGACCAAACUGGACAAGGCCGUCUCCACCAACGAUGUCCUGCUCGAUCUCCAACGCGCCCUCACCUACGAGGCCGUCUUCAGCACCCUGGUGGAGCACAAGAUGCAGGCCCUCAAGCGGGACUACGAGGAGCACAAGAAGGCGAAGCGUCGCAAGCGAAAGUCCAUUGGUCGCAUUUUUCUCCCCCGAAAACUCUUUGGCGGCAGCGGCAGUCGCCGUUCCAGCAGGGAGGACACCCCGCCGCCACCGGAGGAACAGCACCCAGUGCAGCAGCGGCAAUCAUCACCAGCCACUAGUGGCGGCAGGACGAAGGCCAAAACAAAAGCCAAGGCCCGGACGGAUGACAUCGAGGAGGCCUCCGGUUCGAUGGCCAGCGGUUUGCAGCGAUCUCAUCCCAGACAGCCGGAGAACUUGGAAGACAGCCUGGCCAGCACGCUGAGCAACUCCUCGGGAGCCCAGCAGAGGCAGCAUAGGCACAGCCACAGCCUAUUGGUUCGAGCCCAGACCCACACGCCUGCCCACCUGGGGGAAAUGGAUGCGGAGCGGAGAUCCAUCAGCUCGGAGGGCGGGGAGGCAGUGGUGGUCAGAUCAAAGAGCCAGCUGCCCGCCAAACAUUCCACAACGAUCAACGGCGAGUCGGAACUACUGCCCCCGAUCUCCGGACACGACAAUACCUCGACGACUGCCACAGCAACUGCCACAGUGACCGCCACCGGUGGAGGCGCCUCGGGCGGAGGAGUCCUCCACAGCUCCACGCUGGCGGACGACAGCCUGACCGCCUCGCUUCGUGGAAGCCUCGAAAGCCUCUCGUACAGCAGCUCCCGCUGCACCGUCAGCUUUGGUGGAGCCGAGGUGAUGGUCGCCUCCGGCACGGAGGCGGAGUCCAGGGAGCGGGUGCGACUGGCCAAGAGACUGAGGAUCCUGGAGGCCAAGUCCAUCAGCGCCCAGUGCAGCCCCAUCUUCCCCAGGCACGUGGUACGCUCGUUUCCGCUGCAGUCGCCUCAACAAGGGCGCCUGCACAUCAAUGUUCCCUCCAGUUUGGCCAAGCCUCAGCCGCAGUUGCAGUUGCAGCAGCAGCAGCAACAGCAGCAGUUGCAACCUCACGUGGCCUUGGAGAUUGAGACGCUGCCCGCUCCGCUGCCCCAGCGAAGGCGACUGCUGCCCAAGCAGAUAUCCUGCACGGAAAGUGGGGCGGCUGGUGAUUUUAGAGUGGGCGGAGCGGAGGCCUACACCCGGUACUUCUCCCGCCAGAACACCUCGGAGGAUAGCGCCAAUGUAACGGUGAGCACGGUAUUGGCCCAAAGCGACUCCCAGUCGCUGCAUGCCACGCCCAGCUAUGCAAAUACGCCCCCGGCAACGGGCAGCAGGAUUCAGGAGCGCCGCAAGUCCCGAAGCACCGGACUGUUGGCUGUGCGUCAGCCAUAUGGAGUGGAACCCAGUGCCGUGGUGAUUGCCAUGGAGGAGGGGAGUGAGCAGAGGGCCAGGACGGGGACACUGGUGCCCGAGAAGCUGCACCGGAUGACCUCAACGUCGACGGGCUCCAGUGUGGCCGCCACCGGCUGCUGCAGUGCAACGAAGCCGAAGGAGAAGCCGAGUGAAGCCUUCAGGCCCUCCGCAAUGCCCUCCUCCUCCGCAGCAAUGGCAGCGGCCCAGAGCACGGGCAGCGACGAUGAGUAUCGCCGUCGGAAGCGGAAGUACAAGCGACAUCAUCGCUGCUCGGACCCCGCAUUGGUCUAUCCCACGCCCAACGGUCUCCAGCACUAUGUGCACGUGCUCGGCAUCAAUCCGGACACACAGAAGCCCAUACAAUGCCCGUACGGUGAGGACUCGCCCUGCGACCUGCAGCUGGACAUGGACAUGGACUUGGACCUGGACCUGGAUGCCGAUAAAAUCGACGACCUUGAGCAGAUGGUCCCCAGUGGUCAUCAGCGGCAUCGCCGAAAGCAUCGGCAUCGCCACAAAAAGCGACAUCGGCACAAAAAACCCAAAAUUCUGGUACAGGACUUGGACACUGAGGUUGUUAAGGUAAUCGAUCCUCAUGAUCUAUCCCAGCGUGCCCGCUGGACAAUAAUUGCCACCGCCUGUUUGUUACUGCUCAUGUGCCUCAUGUUGAUUGGGGUUACUUUGCGUAUGGCUCCGAUUAUCGAUGAUAUGGUGCGACAGGAGAACGAGCGGAACAUCCGCGAGAAUCUGGAGCGCACCUGGAUGAUGAGGAACCGCACCGAAUUGAAUCUGCAGCGCCAGCAGAUGCAGGAGAUGCAGCUGCACGUCGUCCCUUGAGCGGAAGGAAGGAAGCGACACCGCUGCACCAGAUGCGACCGGAUGAGAUGUCAGCGCGAGCUGGAAAUGCCAGCGGUUGGCAACAAGACGAACAAGUUUGUGGCAGGAAGCCGAAGGACCCUUCUGCCCCCUUCGUCCUGCAAUCCCCCAACUCCUUUUUUGCCCCCGCCCCCCGUCAAAGUUAUGCGCACAAAAGCUACAAAGAAUAACAAAGAAUACAAGAAAUCGAAGCAAAAGAAAUUGUUAACUAAAAACUAAAUGAGGAUGGAGCACUCCGAAGUGCUCGGCUAAAGCUAAAGUUAAUGCUAAUUGUAGUUAAGUCUGCCCGAGCGGAAAUCACUUGUUUUAUAUCUAACUGAGAGGUAGACUCCACUUAGAGCAAACCAGAAUAUGAAAUACAGUCAGUGGUCGAAGAAAAUCAAAAGUGAUGAAGUUUAGUCAAUAGUUAAAGCGUUGUUUAUAGAGUUACUUCGAUGGCAUUUUAAAUGUUAGAUCGGGAACGUUCUGGUGUUCAAAAUCGGCCACAAACAAUUUAGAAAAAUAAAACCCAAAAUUUUUAUUCUCCGAAAAUGCGUCUAAAAAGCCCAAAAAACAAAAUAAGUUUGUACUAUUUUUCACAGUAUAUUUAAGGCAUAUUUUCAGGUGGUUUUAAAUCACCAGAGAAUUAUUCAACAAUUUUAAAUUUACAAAAAAAUUCACUUACAUAUAAAAAUUUAUGAUUUUACAACUGAAAAUUUGAUGACGAAAUUGUUUACCAGAACGAACCUGAUUGUCCUGUAAUUAUUGUGCUUAGGAUGUGUUCUAGUUGAGGCUGCAGGACGACGCCAACUGGAAGGAGCAAUUAAGCGAAAGGUUUCGAUUGUUCAGUUGAUUAGCCAAAUGGUUUCAAUUUUUCUUUAGCGAGCAUUCCCCCUUUGGUUAUCCCCACCCGAAAACUCCCAUCCUGAAUGGCGUCGACUGGGCAGCUGGCGAGCGGAGAAAGUUGGUCAAUAGUUACGUCUGAAGCUAAGUUGUUAACUGAAAAGUACUCCUAAGUAAAUGUUAAUAGCAAUAAACAACAGAAAAGUUUUUGUAUCUCUUAGAAGACGUUGGAGAAGAGUUAGAGGAUGAGCGCAAGCACAAGUAUCAAGUAUUCCAAGAAACAUUUUGAGUAAAAAUACGAUUUUCAUAGGCUAACAAUAAUUGUAAAAGAGAAAGGGCAGCAGAGAAACAUUCAAUAGAUUUACUCGUACUUGGAAUAACAACUUGUGCCAAUGAAAACCCAGAAAAUCCUAAUGUGGCGUAGCGUAAAUUAAUAAACAAUUUAAUAAUAGCAACAAGGAAGAGUUAGAUAAUUAGCGGAUCGAUGUGAAACUGUUACUUAAGUGCAAAACGAGCUUGUUGUCGAAUUAAUUUUUAAAUGGAUUUAAACUAAGUGAAACUAAGCUAAAUGUUAAAUGUUUUUUUAGGUGUUCAAUGUUACAAUUAAUUUGUGGUCAAGCAGCCGAAAAGAGGUCGAAUUGAUUGCCCAGCCUUUACCAAAUGAAUAAUUUUACGAACCUGUGCUAACUCAGUUGCAAAGUUUAACGACAAAAUUUAGCUUAAAGCAAACUUCUAUCGGUUUCAGCCAAACGGAGCGUUGAAAGCUUGAAUACAAAGUUGUGAACGAACUUCCCUGUCCGCCCAACUCAUCUCUCUGCCCAAUUAACAAUUAUCCGGAAAUGUAUUUUACAUCGCAAAUGUUUCCCAGUUUUCGCCCGAAUGCACAAAGGCAAUUUAAUAGGUUUUUGGAUUCUGGCGUUAAAUUAAUGUGAGAUCCGCAGAUAAGAAUAUUAUUUUGUAUCCACAAAGCUAGCUUUUGUAUACUCACCUGCAUGUCUGUUA